AUGGCAAUUUUAAAAGUCUGGUUUGAAUAUCCCACUAACACAUUCUUCCAACCAAUACCAGCUAAAAAUAAAAUUACUUUUACGAACAAAGAAGAUCUAAGAAAUCAAUAUAAACGAGAAGGUAAUAUUGUGGGUAGUAAUUGCAUGAAAUUAUUAAGUAAUUCCUUGUAUGUUAAAUCUAUUCAGAAGGAUAUAACUACAUCGAGACAUCUAUGGAGUGAAGCAACUUUAAAAGCCAACUCCGAUUCACAUGUCAAAAGCUAUCCUACAGUAAAUGAGACUCAAUAUAUCGUUGAGAUAAAUUUAGAAGAAAAAGAAUUUGACUGUACACCUCCUAAAUCUACACGACUAACACCUAGUCAUUUGGGGUCAUUCGUAUUAUCUCACAGUAAAAAAAUAAUGAAUAAUUUCAUUCACGUAAUAGAUGGAUUUUAUAAGCCGGAAAUACACUAUACAGAUACUGAUAGUUUAUACAUUUCAUCUAGCAAUUGGGAUAAAUUAAAUGAAGCUGGGUUGGUAUCUGAAAAUGAUUACUGUAAAGGAAAGAAUGAUUACGGUGAUGGUGGAAUUAUAUAUGGUUUAUACUUAGCGCCAAAAGUCAAAUAUAAUAUCAUUCUAACUUCUGACGGUAUUCUAAAAGAAAAGAAAACGUUUAAGAGUUACUCUAAUGAUAAGAUAGGCGUAGAAGAUUAUAUUCAAUUAUCUAGCGGACAUUAUGUGAGGAGUGAAUUUAACAAAAGAUGGGAAAAGAGUUUCACCAAUGGAAUAGUUAUUCCAAAGGAUGAUGAUAAACAAAAGAAAGAUUUUAGAAGUUAUUUGAAUCUCGUUAAGAGAAAAGCACCGCACGAUGAAGGAAUUAUGUAUCCUUACAACGACGGAAAAGAAUUGAACAUGGAUGACAAGUAUGAAUUUGAUGAUUUCGAUUUCCUAACUAUUCAAGAAGAGAAUGGAGAUUUAGUUCUUUUGUUUUAA